UAGAUUAAUAGAAAAUUUAAUUUACUCAUUCUUUUUUUUCAAAUACAUGAUGAUGUGACGACCAUGGAAAGCAUUUAAAUCUCGUUUUCUAUUGAAAUUUCGUUAUCGGUUUUUUUUCUCAAGUUUUUUUUCUAAAUACCAACGAAAAUUAAAAACAAACAAUGAUGGGUGAAGAAAUACAGCAAUCAAUUUUCGAGGUAAAAGAACCGGAAAGUGAAAAAUUGAAAAGUUUUAAAAAAAUCGAAUACGAAGUUGCCGAUGUUGGCAAAGUGAUGGAAGAAUUGAAAGUUGAAUUGAUAAAAAUUAUUAAAGGCGAUCCAAAACAGGAAACAACGGCCAUACAUAAAGUAUUCAUUAAUGAUGAACUUGUACGUGAAAUGGAUUUCGUUAAUGAUGUAGUGAUUAAAUCUGAUUCACGAUAUGAACCAUGGACCUUUCUACGAAUGGAUCAAUCAACAUUUAAACAGAUGCAACAGCAACAUUUUUUCGAUAUUAUCAACACGUUUCGUUUUUAUAAAAGUUAUAAUAUGAAAAAAGUACAAAAACGAAUCGAUUUUGUUGGCUCAAUGUCCACAAAAUAUCAACAAUUGUUGCAAAAUUAUUCCAAACAUUUGACUAAAGUUCAACAUUGUAUUGUACAUAAUUAUGAAAUAAUUAAAGUGAUCAUUGGCGAUGCAGCUAAAAUAUUUCGUAAUCAUGUUUUUCUCAAAGACAAUAGAAAAGAAUCCAAUCAUUCAUUGAUAAUGAAAUUGGAAAAAGAUCUUGACAUUUCUCGUAUCGAUUCUAUAUUGAAUCAAAUUGUUCGUGAAUGGUGUCAUGAAGGCGCUACAGAACGUGAAUCAUGUUUCCAGCCAAUAUUGAAUACAAUUGAAGAAUAUUUUCCUUCACUUGUGAAUCGAAAUCAAAUCAGAAUUCUGGUUCCUGGAGCUGGCCUAGGAAGAUUACCAUACGAAAUAGCUAAACGUGGUUAUUCAUGUCAAGGAAAUGAAUUCAGUCUGAUGAUGCUAUUCGUUGCCAAUUUUAUAUUGAAUAAAAUUGAUUCUACCGAUAUGUUUACAUUUUAUCCAUGGAUAUCACAUUUUUCAAACAAUCUUCAAUCUGAUCAUCAAACAAUACCGAUAAAAUUUCCCGAUGUUAAUCCUGCGACGAUUUCGAAAGAUGUAGAUUUUUCAAUGGUUGCUGGUUCAUUUACGGAAAUAUUUAACAACCAACAACAGCAUAAAAAUGACCAAUUUGAUUGUAUUGUCACUUGUUUCUUUUUGGAUACAGCACAAAAUAUCAUAAAUUAUGUGGAAACCAUUGACAAUAUUCUUAAAUCAGAUGGUGGUUUAUGGAUAAAUUUUGGUCCAUUACUUUAUCAUUAUGCCGAUUCAUCACAAGAUUCAUCAAUCGAACCUAGCUAUGAAAUUGUCAAAGAAAUUAUUGAAUCAUUUGGUUUUAAAUUUUUACAGGAAAAAACUAAUCAAACUUGUUAUUAUACUAGAAAUCCAAAUUCAUUGGUUUCAUAUGAAUAUCAUUCGAUUUUUUUUGUUUGUCGUAAAUAAAUUUCUUUUUAUUUUUAAA